AUGUGUUCGUCAAUUGACGCAUCAGAUCACAUUUCUGAGGGUGGCACAGGCCGACAUGCGCUGCGAGGAGCAGCGAGCGCUCGCCUAGAUGGCGAUGCCGGUGUUCUGGGAGAUCCAGGCGGCGAAGGACCCGCUCUGGCAGCCGGCCGACGACACGAAGCUGGCGAUGCCGAUCUGCUUGCCGCUCUGCAGGUCGAUCAGCGGGCCGCCGCUGUCAUUAGUCCCGUAGGUGUAGUGUAUGAUUUUGCUCGGGAGGUGGCGGUGAUCUUUCCCUCCGCUGUGUCGGCUAACGAGGUUUCCCUCAACCAGAUAUCUCCCAUCAGCGGGACACCGCCCCAACAGGGACACGCUCUAAGCUUCCGACCGUUAUCCCGGCAUGUUGUAAGUGUGUAUGUACAAUGCGCGGUAGUGGCCUGUUUGUCGCGUCAAUGUCAUGCGCAUUACGCCGCGCUCGCCAACGCCCUGGGUGCAGAUGUUGGAGGAGCGGAUGAGGAGGGCGCCGAAGGUCUGAGCGCACACGGAGUUGGAAAUGAUGAGCCUUCGAACAAGUUGGAUCCAGAGGCGAGAGAAAUGGUUGACGACAGCGACGUCGUUAGAGAUGAGGAUGGAGCUGUAGUGGUCUCGAUGAUGACGCGGCCCUCUUCGUUGGCUGCGUUCAGUGAAGGUGCUGAUUCUGUUCAGAAAUGGGCGGCGAUGAGGGAGCCUCCGCAGAAGGAGCGGCCGUUCAGGUACAGAGCGACCUGGUACGGGAACUGGCCGCGGGUGGCCUGGAUGCCGCUGAUGACACGGGGGGCGGGGUACUUGGGGGCACCCUCUCACGCCAUGGACGGAGGGGUGGUCGAUGUGCGAAGCCGCCUUUUGGUGGUGGCUUCUGUGGUGCUUGGCCUGCGAAACAUAGAUUCCGGCACCCAGGAGAAGAUGGUUAGAUCAAGGAGGCGCAACGGACCAACCGGUCUAAUGCUUGAGGGAGAAGAAGAAGAAGAAGAAGAAAAAUACUGUCCGCAAGAUAUUGUUGUUAUUAUUAUUAUUAUUAUUAUUAUUAUUAUUAUAAAUAAACCCGGAUAA